UGCAGCAGCAGCAUUCCCCAGUUCUCCAUCCACAGAGCAGCAGCCAGGCUGAGCUGGAGGCAUUCAGGGAACUGGGCAGAGAGGAGGGAAGGCGCUGACAGCCUUGCAGGGCACAUUGCACACCCCACCUGGCACAUAACUGCAAGGCACCAGCUGCAAAACUUCUGCCCUGGCAUUGCCCACCCUUUAGGGGCACAUAAACUUUCCGCUGAAGAUUCUGGACAUGGGGAUGUAAGGCUUCCAAGGAGACUCAGUGCCAUCAACUUCACUGCCCUGGGGAUCUAAGUGAAGGCUCAGGAACCCCUCCAUGUAGAGGGCUCACCAUCCUGACUGGCAAACAGGUUGGCAUUGGGGGAAGAGAGCACAGCUGUCUACACAUCUCUCUCCUAUUCUACCCACAAGGAUUACAACCAGAGAAUGCCCGGAGGAUACGGCUGGCACAGCCUUCAAUGGAUAACGAUGCUGGCACUGGUGUGCCAAGCCUGGGCUCAAGACGAUGUGCCGCCAUACUUCAAGACGGAGCCGGCGCGGAGUCAGGUCCACCUGGAGGGCAACCGAUUGGUUCUCACGUGCAUGGCGGAGGGGAGCUGGCCUCUGGAAUUUAAAUGGCUGCACGACCACAAGGAGCUGACCAAGUUCUCCCUGGAGUACAGGUACAUGAUCACUUCGCUGGACAGGACGCACGCCGGCCAUUACCGCUGUAUCGUGAGGAACCGGCUGGGCGCUUUGCUGCAGAGGCAGACCGAGGUCCAGGUGGCCUAUAUGGGCAACUUUGAAGAAGGCGACACCAGCCAGACAGUGUCUCAUGGAGUUGCAGCUGUCAUUCCUGCCCCCAGCAUCGCCAGUUUUCCUCAACCACAAGUUACCUGGUUCAGAGAUGGCAGGAAGAUCCCCCCAAGCAACCGCAUCGCCAUCACCAAGGACAACACUCUGGUGAUCCUGUCCAGCGUGGCCCCCGAUGCCGGACGCUACUACGUGCAAGCUGUGAACGACAAGAAUGGCGACAACAAGACCAGCCAACCCAUUACGGUCAUAGUGGAAACAGAUGUCGGUGGCCCCGCAGACCCGAUUGCUCCCGUUAUUGUCAUUGCACCUCAGAACACAAGCGUUGUGUCUGGGACCUCUGAGGUGAUGAUGGAGUGUGUGGCCAAUGCCAGACCCCUCGCCAAGUUGAAUAUAAUCUGGAAGAAGGAUGGAUCUCUCGUCUCCGGCGGGGUGAGCGAAUUUGGGCGUCGUCUCACCAUCCUGAACCCCACCUUGAGUGACGCCGGAUAUUACUCUUGCGAGGUGACGUUACGCAGCAGCAGCGUGCCCCCCGUCACAGCUGGAGCUCACCUUACUGUCCUUGAGCCGCCACAGUUUGUGAAAGAGCCCGACCGACAUUUGACAGCGGAGAUGGAGAAAGUCGUGGACAUUCCAUGCCAAGCUAAAGGUGUACCUCAGCCCUCGAUCUCCUGGUACAAGGACGCCGCUCUCAUUGAUGUCCGUCGGGACACCAGGUUUCGCAUAGUAAGCGGGGGAAGUCUUCGGAUCAGCGGGCUGAUGCCUGAGGACACCGGAAUGUUCCAGUGCUUCGCUCGAAACAGUGCGGGGGAGGUCCAGAGCUCCACUUACCUGGCCGUCACCAGCAUCGCUCCUAACAUCACCAAGGGACCCUUAGACAGCACGGUGAUAGACGGCACCUCUCUGGUCCUGCAGUGUGAAACCUCAGGGGCCCCGCGACCCGCUAUCACUUGGCAGAAAGGAGACAGGAUCUUGGCCAGCGGGUCGGUUCAGCUGCCACGGUUCACCUUGCUGGAAUCGGGAAGCCUUCUCCUCAGCCCGGCUCACAUUUCCGAUAUCGGAACCUACACCUGCACCGCCACCAACUCCCGGGGGGCCGACGAAGCCUCCGCCGAUGUUAUCGUGUGGGCUCGGACCCGGAUCACCAACCCUCCAACUGACCAGAGUGUAAUAAAAGGGACAAAAGCGUCAAUGUCCUGCGGGGUGUCACAUGACCCCAGCGUCGCCAUAAGGUACAUUUGGGAGAAGGACGGAGCCGCGCUAAGCGUGGAGAACUUACCCCGGAUCAAGAUGGACAAGAACGGCACCUUACACCUCUCCCAGACCUGGUCCGGGGACAUCGGGACCUACACCUGCCGCAUCCUGUCUGUAGGGGGCAACGACUCGAAGAGCGCUUACCUGCGGGUCAGGCAACUCCCCCACGCUCCCGAGAACCCGGUGGCCUUGCUGAGCACCACGGAGCUGAGAUCCAUCAAUCUUUCCUGGGCCAGACCCUUCGAUGGGAACAGCCCGCUGAUCCGCUACGUCCUGGAGGUCUCCGAGAACAACGCCCCAUGGACCAUCCUCUUUGCAAACAUGGACCCGGAUUACUCCUCCCUGGUAGUGAAGAACCUCACCCCGGCUCGCUCCUAUCAGUUCCGCCUCUGUGCUGUGAAUGACGUUGGCAAAGGGCAGCUCAGCAAACAAACGGAAAGGGUGACCCUUCCGGAAGAACCUCCUAGUGCCCCACCACAAGCUGUCAUCGCCACGGGGCGCACCAACCAGUCCAUCUUUGUCCAGUGGCAGCCACCCACAGAGAGUCACCAGAAUGGCAUCUUAAGGGGAUACGUCAUCAGAUACUGCCUGGCCGGCCUGCCUGUGGAUUACCAAUAUAGAAACCUGUCCAACCCGGAUCUCAGCAGCCUGCUCCUGGAGGACCUCAUUAUCUGGACCAAUUACGAGAUCGAGGUGGCCGCGUUUAAUAAAGCCGGCCUGGGAGUGUUCAGUGCCAAAGUGACCGAGUGGACCCUGCAGGGAGUCCCCACGGUGCCUCCUGGAAAUGUGAAGGCAGAAGCCAUGAAUUCCACCACCAUCCGCUUCACCUGGAGUCCGCCCAGUCCGCAGUUUGUGAACGGAGUUAACCAAGGCUACAAGCUGAUCACCUGGGAUCCGGCUCAGGAGGACGACGUCUCCGUGGUCAUUGUGCGGCCCAGCUUCCAAGACGGCGCUCAUGUGGGCUUCAUCUCCGGCCUGAAGAAAUUCCACAGCUAUCUGACCUCAGUCCUGUGCUUCACCACCCCAGGAGAUGGACCCCGCAGUCCUCCGCAGCUUGUCUGGACUCAUGAAGAUGUGCCUGGCCCUGUGCGGAGUCUUGGAUUUGAUGACAUUCUGGACACCUCCUUAAGAGUGACCUGGCAAGAGCCCGCUGAGAAGAAUGGUCUCCUGGCAGGAUACAAGAUCUCCUGGGAGGAAUUUAACCAGACCAACACCAGAGUGACGCAUUACCUCCCCAACGUCACUCUGGAGUACCGCGUGACCGGCCUCACCUCUCUCACCACCUACACCAUUCAGGUGGCCGGGAUGACUUCCAAGGGCCAGGGGGCCGUGGCCUCAUCCACCAUCUCCUCCGGAGUGCCUCCAGAACUGCCCGGAGCGCCAACCAAUGUCGCCAUCAGUAACAUCGGCCCUCGUUCUGUCACGAUGCAGUUCCGGCCGGGGUAUGACGGGAAGACCUCCAUCUCUAGGUGGCAAGUAGAAGCCCAGGUUGGUACACAAGGGGAAUCUGAAGACUGGGUCCUCAUACAUCAGCUAGCCAAUGAACCCAAUGCCCGGUCUAUGGUGGUCCCGGGGCUAAGCCCAUACACUUUUUACAGUUUUCGAAUGAGACAGGUGAAUAUUGUGGGCUCCAGUCCUCCCAGUCUACCCUCCAGGAGAAUACAGACCCUUCAGGCCCCUCCUGAUAUGUUCCCAGCAAAUGUGACCCUCCGCACAGCCAGUCAGACCAGCCUGUGGGUGCGCUGGGUGCCAUUACUGGAGACGGCGUACAACGGGAACCCGGAAUCUGUGGGCUACAAGAUCCGCUACAUGAGGUCCGAUGGGAAAGGAGAGUCGUUAACGCAUGUGAUUCAUGACCGGGUAGAGCGGGAGUACACCAUCGAGAACCUGGAAGAAUGGACGGAAUACUCCAUACAAGUUGUAGCGUUUAACUCCAUUGGGACGGGACCCUGGUGCCCCGCUGUGGUUGCCCGGACCAGGGAGUCAGUUCCCUCCUUCGGACCCAGCAAUGUCUCCGCCCUGGCCACGACGUCGAGCAGCAUAUUGGUGCGCUGGAGCGAGAUCGCCGAAUCCGAGAGGAACGGCCUCAUUCUGGGGUAUAAGAUUCUUUACAAGGAGAAGGACUCGGACAAUCCGCCUUAUUUCUGGCUGGUGGAAGGAAACGCGUCUCGCAGCGUCCAGCUGACCAAUCUGGGGAAGUACGUUCUGUAUGAGAUCCAGGUCUUGGCCUUCACCAGGAUAGGCGAUGGCGUGGCCAGCACCCCGGCCAUUCUGGAGAGAACUCUGGAUGAUGUUCCAGGGCCCCCAGUAGGAAUACUUUUUCCCGAGGUGAGAACGACCUCUGUCCGCCUGAUCUGGCAGCCGCCAGCCGCCCCCAACGGCAUCAUUUUGGCCUAUCAGAUAACUCACCGGCUCAAUACAACCAAUGCCAACACCGCAACAGUGGAUGUUCUGAACCCAAGUGUACGGCAGUAUACCGCUACGGCGCUGAGGCCGGAAUCUGUCUACCUGUUCAGAAUCACCGCCCAGACUCGCAAAGGAUGGGGAGAGGCGGCUGAAGCACUGGUGGUCACCACAGAGAAGCGAGAGCGUCCUCAGUCGCCUAGCAAGCCGGGGGUUCUACAGGAAGACGUGAAGUCACGGAGCGUCCUCUUGGCGUGGGAACCUGGCAGCGAUGGCCUUUCUCCUGUCCGUUACUACACCAUCCAGACCCGAGAACUGCCCAAGGGGCGUUGGGUUGUCCACUCCGCUUCCAUCAGUCACAAUGCCACCUCUGCUCUUGUGGACAGGCUAAAACCGUUCACAUCAUACAAGUUCAGAGUGAAGGCCACCAAUGACAUCGGGGACAGCGAAUAUAGUGAAGAGUCGGAAUCCCUUACCACUCUGCAGGCUGCGCCUGACGAUUCUCCGCUAGUUAUCUCCGUGACACCACACACCACAACCUCCGUGUUGAUUCGUUGGCAGGCGCCAACAGAAGAUAAGAUCAAUGGCAUACUUCUGGGCUUUCGCAUCCGCUACCGAGAACUGGUGUAUGACGGGAUGAGAAGUUUUACCGUGCACAACAUCAAGAACCCGGACGCCAAAUGGGCUGAGCUGACCUAUCUGAACAAGCACAAGCGAUACGAGAUCAGAAUCAGCGUUUACAACGCGGUGGGGGAAGGACCGGUGAGUGUCCCCCAAGAAGUGUUUGUGGGAGAAGCAGUGCCCACCGCUCCGCCGCAGAACGUCGCUAUACAGACCGCCACGGCGGUACAGCUGGAUGUGACAUGGGACCCGCCGCCUCUGGAGUCACAGAACGGAGACAUCCAGGGGUACAAGAUCUACUUCUGGGAAGCCGCGCGGAAGAACGAGACGGAGAAAGUGAGGACGUUGUUCCUCCCGGAGAGUGGAGUGAAGCUCAAAAACCUGACGGGGUACACCACCUAUCUGAUCAGCGUGGCGGCAUUCAACACGGCCGGAGACGGGCCCCGCAGCCUACCCAUCCGUGCCCAGACACAGCAAGCGGCCCCCAGCGCCCCGGCGUCCAUUCGAUUCAGCGAGCUGACCACAACCUCCGUCAACGUCUCCUGGGACGCCCCCGUGUACCCCAAUGGAAUUCUGGAAGGGUACCGGCUGGUCUAUGAGCCCUGCACUCCAGUAGAUGGAAUCAGUAAGAUCGUGACGGUGGAUGUGAAGGGGAACACCCCCCUGUGGAUGAAACUGAAGGACCUCACUGAGGGAGUGACCUACCGCUUCCGGAUACGAGCAAAAACCUUCAUCUAUGGGCCGGACUUGGAAGCCAACGUGACCACCGGACCUGCCGAUGGAGCCCCAGGACCACCAGGAGUGCCCACCAUCUCCCGAUACGGCUCAUUAAUCGCCAUCCAAUGGUCAAAUGGAGAUCCAGGAAGGAGCCCGAUCACCAGAUACGUUAUAGAGGCCCGGCCUUCAGAUGAAGGAUUAUGGGACAUUCUCAUCAAGGACAUCCCAAAGGAGGCCACGUCCUACACCUUCAACAUAGACAUCCUGAAGCAGGGCGUCAGCUACGACUUCCGAGUCAUUGCCGUCAACGAUUACGGAUACGGGACCCCCAGCCCCCCCUCUACAUCCGUCGCAGCCACAAAAGCCAACCCAUUCUACGAGGAGUGGUGGUUCCUGGUGGUUAUCGCGCUCAUUGGCCUCAUCUUCAUUCUUCUUCUGGUGUUUGCUUUGAUCAUCCGAGGACAGAGCAAGAAAUAUGCCAAAAAAUCUGAUUCAGGGUGUAACCCAAAAAACAGCACACUGGGUCACGGUGAGAUGGUCAGCCUGGACGAGAGCCGUUUUCCGGCAUUGGAGCUAAACAACCGGCGGCUAUCGAUGAAGAAUUCCUUCUGCAGAAAGAACGGGAUCUACACAAGAUCUCCACCCCGCCCCAGUCCUGGAAGCCUUCAUUAUUCAGAUGAGGACGUAGCUAAAUACAACGAUCUCAUUCCUACCGAGAGUGGAAGUCUGACCGAAAAGCCCUCGGAGGUAUCAGACUCACAGGGCAGCGACAGCGAAUACGAAGUGGACCAGAACCAACAGAAGAGCCAUUCCUUCGUCAACCACUACAUCAGCGACCCCACCUACUACAACUCCUGGAGGCGGCAGCAGAAGGGCAUAUCCCGGGCGCACGCCUACAACUACACAGACAACGACCUGGAGGACGACUCUGAACACUGUAUCAUACCCAACAGCAACAGCAGUCAGCAGGGCAGCCUGUACAGACCCAAACCCAGUCGGACUCCAACACCUCAGCAGGCCCCGCCCCAACCAAACCCCAUAUACCGCCCGCCCAGCAGCCUCGCCCCUACGUCCCGGGCCCCCAUCGCUGGAUUUUCAUCCUUUGUUUGAUGACAAAACUUGCACCAAUGUACCAUUGUUUCUUCAAAUUUCAAGAAGCAGAUAAAUAUAUAUAUAUAUAAUAUAUAAAAAAAAGGUAUGUGUGUAUAUAUGCAUAUACAUAUAUAUGAAGGAGAAAAAAAAAAAACCUUUAUGGAAUUUGUGUUGGAGACAAUCAGUCGUGGAUUUAGAUCUUUAUUUUGCUGCUUCAAAUAUGUAUAAUAUUCCAAAGGUUUCUGGGUGCAAAAAAAUUAAAUAAAAGAAAUGCGCAAGAGGUGAUCUGAACCAAGAAAACUCUCCUUACCGAGGAACAUGGCAGCCAUUGCUGUUGCCUCGGGAAUAUCUUGCCGUCUACAUUGCCUAUACCAAGGAUUACCGUGCCUGAAGAUUGAGUCUGGCCAGCAAGCGAUGGAAGGCAACCUUGCCCGAAAGACGGGUGGCCGCUAUGGUUACGGCGUGUCCAGAAGGAUUAUAACUGGAGUAUUAGACGCUUCACGCUGGUCGGCGAUCCUCCUACCCGUAUGGGUUCGGGAAAUAUCAGAAUAUUAACCACAGGGCCUGUUUUGGACUUGAUAUCGAGAUGAUUUGUCUCAAAAACUGCCUGAUACCUUACCAAUGUUGGGAAUUCUAGUACAUCGAUAUCGUUUGGGGGGUUUAAUCAAGUUACAGCAACAAUUGUUAGAUACUGUCCAAGGGUUUCAAGGCUUAAUGGAAUCCUCCACUUCACAGGGUGGACCUCUUUAUUCAGGUUGGAAAUGUGCUGCCCCUAGCAACCUACAACCCUCGUCUCCCUUUCUUGUGGAUAGUUCAGGCUGAAAGGUGGAAGACAAAUUUGUUACUAUGGGCAGCACGGUUCUGGUGGUACCGUUCUCAUUUACAGAACCCCAUAUUUGGGUCAGAUUAUGGUAUCACAGCUUCGGAGACGGACUUAUGGACCUUAAAUUGUGUUUUUUCUCCAUCCAUUGGGAGGUAUAAGGACUUCUCAGUCUGCACCAUCAAACAUUGUAUCUUUUUGUUUUUUUAUAUUUGAUACCAAAAUUUGCUACCUUUUCUUAACCUUCUUGGCAUCUAUAAAGGUUUGGGAAAAGGAGGACUCAAUGGUUAGCUGGUAAAAAAAA